CACAAAUCUUGAAGGAUUAAUUGAAGUCAUUAACUAUAUAUAGGUUUGUGCUUGUUGAAAUGUGUAGAAAUAUUUUUUGCUAGAGAAGGGAGAAACAAAGAUGGGCAGAGUUCUUGAUGCAGAUGAUGGUGGGUGUUUCGACAGAAUGGUGGCUGCGAUCAAGUUAGUGGAAGAAAGUAUUCUGACUGCUUUUGUGCAACAAGUAAGGGCUGAAGCCAUGAUCAAGCAUGAUGACCGACUUGCUGCAUAUGUGCCCAAGAAAAGCAGGGGCCAUGGACAACGCGUAGACAAGAAACCUCAUUCUCAUUCAUCUUUAUUUCUUCAUGUGAAGUCUUCUGGGAGCAAGACCGAGAACGAGAACAAGAAAAGGGUUAGUGGCAAGCGAUGCUUUCAAAGUGGUAACAGUAAUGAAGAUGAACAGAAGAAAAAGAAAUUGCUGAAGAGACUAAGGCCUGACAGAAUCAAUUUUGCAAAUUUUGGUUUGAGGACACAUACUGACAUGCCUGAGGAAUGGUGGCAUAAAAUUCAAGCAAAAGGAGGCAUUGAUGUGAAGUUGGUGAUAAUUAAACAGAUGUUUGCCACUGAUUUGAAUACUCACCAUGAUCGUUUCUCAAUCCCUUUUAAACAGAUAAGAGAUUUCAGUUUUCUUACAAAUGAUGAGAAGAGAAAGUUAAAGGAGCCCAAAGAGAAAAUACCAGUUACACUCAUGGAACCUUGUGGUUCUGAGUCUGAGAUGUGGCUAAGGCAAUGGAAUUUGAAAAGUAGCAGUACCUAUGUGUUGACAUCUAGUUGGAAGAAAGUCUUGGAAAGGAAUCAUCAGGGAUCAUUAGGGAAGUUCAAACAAAACGACAUAGUGCAGCUAUGGUCUUUUAAGCACAAUGGAGAUCUCUGGUUGGCACUGUUUAAGGUUGAGGAGCAGUAGUGGCAGUAAAGGGGAGAAUGGCGAUGGUGCACAAGUCACAGUACUAUGUUGGACCUGGAACUACAUUCACAAUUUGCUAGUUUAAUCAUAGUUGGAGUGCUGUAAUCGUAGUACACAGUUAUUUCUUUUGUCUUCUUCCUUGCUAGUUACAUUAAAUUUCUACAGUUAAACAUCUUUGAUGUAA